AUGGUGUCAGCUAUGGAGCGGAAACGACAUGGUGUCGUCGACUUUGAUCAGCAACUUAUGGAUCAAGGCCAAUCAGACACACUAAGUUUCGACAGUUCAGACGACACCCUCACCUCCCUACCGGCGAUAUCGAAGCUCGAAUCGACGGAUGCGAUGAUAGAGAGAACGACUACUAUUGUCGAAAGCAAUAACGAAGCGGAACGAUCAAUGUCGCUUCGCGAAGGCAUACGCCUGUACCCCAAAGCGAUAAUAUGGUCGGUGUUACUAUCGAUGACACUCAUUAUGGAAGGAUUCUCUACUAUUCUCGUACCCAAUCUGUUCGCAAUGCAACCUUUCCGGAAACAAUUCGGCACAUUACAAUCAAAUGGCUUGUACGAAAUUAGCGCCGACUGGCAAAGCGCACUUGUGAACGGCGGCCUAGCAGGGCAGAUCGUAGGGCUUUUUGCUACAGGAACACUCGCUGAGCGAAUUGGCUACCGAUACACGCUCAUGGUAGGAUUGGUGGCAAUGAGUGUGUUCAUACUCGUGCCCUUCUUUGCCACAGCGUCCAUCGUCAUGCGCGGCAUGAUGAAUAACACCACCAUAUGGGCCUACCGCAUCCCCUUCGCAUUACAAUGGAUUUUCCCUAUCCCAAUCUUCUUCGCCGUUUACUUCGCCCCCGAAUCACCUUGGUGGCUCAUACGACAGGAUCGCUUUGUGGAUGCGAUGAAAACGAUGCGUCGGCUGCGCACACAACCAGCAACCAUGUCAGACGAUGAGUAUGAUAAGACUCUGAACGGCGCAAUGGAGGCCAUGAUUCAAACGAACGAGAGAGAACAACAAAUGCAGAGUGGCACAAGUUACAAAGACUGCUUCAAGGGAGUGGACCGGCGCAGAACCGAGAUCACGUGCAUGGUGUGGAUUAUCCAGACGCUGUGUGGCAGCACCUUCAUGGGCUUCUCCACCUACUUCUACGAACAAGCAGGUCUCGGCUCCUCACACGCUUUCACACUCUCGCUAGGCCAAUUCGCACUCGGUCUCGUCGGCGUCUUCAUAUCUUGGGCUCUCAUGGCAUACUUUGGGAGGCGCACACUUUAUCUCUCCGGACAAGUCAUGACCUUCGUCUUCGUAUUGCUCAUCGGGAUACUAGCCUGCAUACCACACCGCCACCAUUUCGUUACCGUCCGCUCAGCGGUAGUGGGCACACCCUCUCAAGUCGGAAAUCCGCAUCCUACAGCACUCAACUGGUCCAUCGCAGCACUACUUCUCGCCUUCACACUCGCCUACGACGCCACCCUCGGGCCUAUCUGCUAUGCCCUCGUCUCGGAAAUCCCUUCCACACGGUUGAGAAGCAAGACAAUUGUUCUAGCACGCAACUGCUACAACAUCUCCGGUAUCGUCACAAACAUUAUCACGCCACGCAUGCUCAAUCCUACAGCGUGGGGAUGGGGAGCUAAAGCAGGUUUCUUCUGGGCAGGCACGAGUGUGAUCGGCAUUUUGUGGAGUUGGUGGCGACUUCCCGAACCAAAAGGGAGGACGUUCGGUGAGCUUGAUGAACUCUUUGAGAGGAAGGUGGCCGCACGCAAGUUUAAGACUACGGAGUUUACGGUCGGAGGGGCGCUUAUCGCGAGAACGGAGAAGAGUAGGGUGUAG